AUGGAGGGACAUCUUCGUAAAAUAACGCGAUGCCUCGGGAGAGCUGUGGCCGAGCUGGAGCGGGUGUCUGCUUCGGAGAAGAUCGCAAACGAGCAGUUGGAUGAGGAGUGGAUGGCGCGAUUUUUCGCAGGAAUAGCCGUGCCCGCUCCUUCCGAAGCCACUCAAGGCGCCGAGGCCCAGGCGGGUUUCGGAGAACAACAGACGGCAAGCGUGGCAGAAAAGGAUCUCAGAUGGACCUUCCUGAAGACGAAGUGGCUGCCGCUGUUGCAAGACCUGUACCGCACCGUGGGCGUGCUGGACCGCGAGGAAAGCGCGCUUCAAGCUUUGGAGCAGAAGGAGGAGGAGGAAGCUGAGCAGGCGGCGGCGGUGGCAGAGGCACAGCAGACGUCCGGAGGCGAAGCGAAAGGCGGUGAAGGGACAGCCGCUAGGAAGGAAAAGAGUCGAGCAGCAGCACCUCCACGGCCCCCAAAAGGCCUCCUCUCGCUGCGCGACUACACCGUCAUCCACGCGGCGCUGGAGGUUGUGGUCCACUGGGGUCUGGUCCCCGUGCUCGAGGCCGGAGUGGGCGUUUUCGAGGCCGACAAGCGGCCACGGUCCCGGGCGGUCAAGAUUUCCCGGAGAGUCCUGCACUACUGGAGCGCAGAGAAGCGGCAUGUUACCGGCGACGGGCCUUCUCCCCCUCGUCGUCGUCCGAACGCCUCUUCUCCUUGUGGUGAUCCUGUUGCUACCCGGCCCGCUGCAAAGCCGGCUGGUUGCUGCGGCGAGGGAGACGCAACCGCGCGUGGCGCGGACGCGUACGCUCAGCUCGCGCUGUGCACGGAGGUCGUUCAGGGGGUGGUGACGUCCGGGCAGUUCAUGCCGAUGCUGAUGCCGCUCUACCUGCCGGACCUUCUCGCCGCGAGGCUGCAGCUCGUGUUCGGCCGCACCGCCGUCGCCACGGCCGCAGCGACAGCCGCAACAGCGGCGGCAACAGCCACCCCGGCCUCAGCCCUCACGGUUCGGGACAACGACGGCGACGAGCGUGCCGGCGCCACCGCCACCGUCGCCGACGGCGAGCCGCCGCCACCGAACGGCGCUCAAGCCGGAGGGGACCGCCACCGCCGGUCCCCACCUCCUGCAGCCGUCACGAACGCCGGCCCCAGGCAAGUCAUGGGGGCUCUCCGGUACCUCCUCUCGCAGGGCUCUCGGGCCCCUCCGUGGUUCCGCCAGCGGGCCGGCAGGAUACUGUCCGAGAUCGUGCUGCGGCCCGGCGGUGUCCAGGCGACCCUCGAGGUUUACCUGGCGGGGGCGGGAGCGGGAGGGGAGGGGGGAGGGGGCGACGACGAAGGGGAGGGGAUGAAGGCGUGCCUGCGCGUGGCGAAGCUGUUGGCGACGCCCCCGAAGCGCGUGGCGUCGGGGGUCUACGUGUCGAGGGUCGCGCCGCAGCUGGCGGAGAUGCUCCACUUCGACGGGCAGCAGAGGGCGAUCGUGACGAGGGUCGUCGCGAUGAUCGUCGGGAGGCUUUCCGAGUCGAUGCCCGGGGAAACGAGGCGACUCAUUCUCGUCCCGCUGUUGCGACCGCUGCUGCUCUUCUGGGGUCCCACGGCGGCAGGGCAACGCCAAGGCGCCGGCUCACGAUCACCCGCAGCGGCGGCGAAGAGGCACACGACGACGACGACCCGAACGGGGAAACCAGGGGGCUCCGCAUCCCCCCCCGUGGGUACGCGGGGGGCUUUGGCUUCUGCAACGACGGGGAGUGCUGCUGCUGCUGCUGCUGCCGGGGGAAAGGGUGGCGGCGGCGGUGUUCGAGGGGAUGAUGUUGUGUCGUCCGAGGUGGCGCUGGAGAGGUGCUUGGAGGACCUCGAGAAGCUGCUGACCGCCGCGCCCGCCCCGGCGUCGCUGCUGGGUCUGCUUUCCGGGAUGGGCGUCACCGUGCCGCUGUUCCGGCUGCACUGCCUCUGUGCGACGGCGAAAUCCCGCAACCUCCAGAGCACCAAGGCGUGCCUCUCCGCCCUCCUCCCCUCCUCCGCCACAGCCGCCUCGGACUUGGUCGCCGGUCUCCUCCCGGUCCAAAGAACGGGGUGGGGAGGCGGGGGUAAGGCCCCACGGUUUUCCCCGGGACCCACAGGCGGUACCGUGCUUCGCGCCGCAGCAGCAGCGCCGGCGGCGGCGGGAGGAGGGCCCGCGGGAGGUGGCUUGGUCGAUGAUGAUGCGGGCUCGGGUGCCACCGCCACGGAGCCCCACGCAGCAGCGGCAGCAGCAGACGGAAGCCUUCUGGGGAUGGAGGCUGCGCUCGAAGGGCUGGGGCUUGACCCGGAAACGCUGAGGCUGGUUGGGUCCGCCGCCGCGGCGGCCGGGGCGGGGGGGGGGGCAGGAGCCGGCUUGGUAGGGGCACUGGCGGGGCUGAAAGAGGCGGAAGGGAGGGCCCGGGCGGCGGCCGAGUUGCUGGAAGGGCUGGGCGAGGGUUCUCCCGUUGCUGGAAAGGUUUUCGACAUGUUGCUCAGGCGAUAUCUGUCUCUGAGGGAUGGCGGCGGAACCCCGGUGGUCUCCGGAGUGGCAUCGACGGCUGAAGCAGGAACUGACCAAUCGGAGCCUUCCGCCUCCGCUGCCGCGGCUGCAGAGCAGCACGCGGUGAUGGCCUCUGUGGUAGUCCUCGCCGAGAGAUUGGGCGCUCGGGUCUUCGGCACGGGCAUGCAGAUGCUGUCGUGUAUUCGGCUGGUGCUGGAGCACGAGCAGCCGCCGGUAACGGCGGGUGCGGGACGGACCGGCGGCGGCGGUGGCGAUGGGUAUGUCGAUGCCGCAGAAAGGGUGGCUCAGAUGGAAGAAGAAGGAGUUGCAGCAGCUGAAGGCGUUUUCGAUCUGGGGUCGUCGGGGGAAGAAGCUGACGGGGACGGAGACAACAGCGACGAUACGCUCUGCUCUGUCGUUCUUGCCCUGUUGACGACGGUCCUAGAGCUGGGAGAGGAGGAGCGGAAAGCGGAGGAGGAAGCGGAGCUACGGGCCAUGCUCGCACCGCUCAAGGGCCUAGCCGCCGGGCACCGCAGUGUCGAGGUCGCGGAGAUGUCCGCUCUGCUGUCCGCCUCCAUCCUCAGCCGCGGCUUAUCCCCCGAGGAGCGGCGGGAGGAGCGGGAGCGAGUCGAGCGCGUGGGCGAGGGCGGCGCCGGCGCCGGCGCCGGGGGCGAGGCGGAAGGGGAGGGGGAGGCGCGCGCGGCAAGGAUGAUGUCAGCGCUAGACGCCGCCGAGGAGGACCUGAGGAGCGAAGCGGUGCCGUUGCGCGCCCAGGGGGGUGGUGACGCUCACAAGUCCCUCUACUGUGCGGUGCUACUCGAGCUGCUGCUGGAGCUCGUCAUGCAGGAGAAUGCCGACGAGAAGCCGCAACGCCCCGAUUUUGUCAACUUGUUCCAUACUGUCGAACCCAUUCAUAGGCUUAUGCGAGCAACCUUGGACGGCGGCCCGAGCGGCGGCCGCGGUGGCGGCGGUAGGGUGAACAUGGACACCGCCGUGGCCGAGCGGCUGAUGGACACGUAUGCGAGGAUGGCCGGCGACGGCGACUCGUACGUCUACCUGGCGGCCGUGCAGGGGCUCGCCGCCCUCGCCGACGCGCUCCCCGGGUGGUCCAUCCCUCGUCUUGUCGGCAUCUUUACCGCCGCCGCCGCCGCCGCCGCCGCCCCUGGCUCUGCCCCGGGCAUGGCUUCGGGGCGGUCGCCGGCGGCGGCGGCGGCAGCGGCGACACCGCUGCCAUUGUCCCAGCGCCUGAAGAUAGGGGAGGCAGUCCUUCUCUCCGCGCGGCGGUGCGGGGAUGCCAUGCCCAAGUACGCGCACCUGUUCGUCAACGCGUUCGUGGUGGCGGCGCGGGAACGGUCGUCAGACGGCAACGGCGGCGGCGGCGGCGGCGGCGGCGGCGGCGGCGGCGGCGGCGGCGGCGGGCCAGGAGGGGACGCUGGGUCAGCAUCCCUUGGUUCCGCCGCCGUCAACGGAGGGGAUGCCGGGUCCUCAUCCCCUGGUUCCGCCGCCGUCAACGGUGGCACCGCAGCACAGGUCAACCAGAAGCCGUCGUCGUCUUCUUCGCUGGAGAGCAAGGAGCGGUACCACUUCCGCGCCAGCUGCCUGUCCAACCUCGCCGAGGUGUGCCAGCUCCUCCGCUGGUCCCUCGGGCGCUUCUCUUGCGACGUCGUCGACCUCGCCGCCGGCGUCCUGUCGACGGAGACGGGGGGUUCCGAGGAAUCGACCCUCGCCAGGAGGGGGGCGUCCUUCCUCCUGGGCCGGGUCCUGCGGGGAGCCGGCGGCGACGUCCUGGAGAUGGUGCCGGCGGCGGAGCUAAGGGUCGCCUAUCGGGCCCUCAAGCGCGCGGCGGAGAGCGACCGCGACGAGGUCACCCGCUCUCACGCCCGGAACGGGUUGGGCUGUCUGGACGCCGCCAUCCGCGGGCAGCUGUUUCCGGGUGGUGGUGGUGGUGGUGAUGGUGGUACGGCGGGGGUCGGGGGAAGCGGCGACGUUGAGUCUUCCUCUGCCACAGCGCAUCACCCGGGGAUUACCGUUCUGUGACGAAGGCGGGAGGAGGUAGAGGACUGAACGCGUGUUGUCGUGACGGGGACUUUAGUUUUUUUUUUCGCCCCCGGUGCCAUUGGUAGCUCGUUGUGUAGGCUGCGGAGCUUUCGAGCUACCGCUCUACUGCUGUAUGCCUUGACACGAAAGGUUUUUGUGUGGUAUCGUUAAGUUGCUUGUGUGAUGUAUGUGGCGGUGUGUUUCGAGUGAAGGGUUUUUUGAAAAACCUCCGAAGGAGAUCGAUUGGUAGCAGCUUCGAUCGGUGGUAACAGGCUCUCGGCGUUGUUGUGAUGCCCUCCCCCCUCCCCCCAGUAGAGUUGUCCCCCUACAGUAUAUGCGCAAGUGGGUUGGCGCACUCGUAAGCAAGCUCUUGUCCCUUUGCAGGGCUUGCAACCUGCGGCAGCAACAAUUAUUUUCUAGCAGAGGUUUCACGAAUCAAUGCCUUGGAAGACAAUUGCACGGAGCUAAGGGCGUCAUCGUCAUUCGUAACAACUCUCCACCAACAACAACACACGACAAAAAACGGCCGAAACCUUCGAGGUGCGGGUUGUGUCAUGGUCGUUGGCAGGGAGGUGUCAGCGUCGUUGGUAGGGAGGAGAAGACACGGUGACAUGCUUGCUCGAAAGUGAUUGUACGUGUCGUCAAUCAAGUGCCCUUUGGUCCUCGUCUCUUAAUCCAAUACAACAAAUUGUACAAGUAGAACAAACGAGCGUGCAGCAGCCAAACAAACACACGCACACACAAAAGAUGCUCCCUAAUUUAUUCGCGUGUACACCUUCUCCCCGAUUCACUCGCUCCCUGCUAUUCUUCGUCGCGUCUUGUUCUUCUCAAGCAUCACAUUGGUGUGUACUCCUAUCUUCGAGAGAGUCGCCGACUCGAGUGCACUAUUUACCACUACUACUGCUGUUGCCAACGACAAACAAAUGUUUAUUGAAGAUCAAAGCCACUCUUUGCUUACUCUGAAAGUUGCUUAUUGAAGAUCAAAAACCACUUUGCGUGUUGUAUUGAAAGUGCUUAUUGAAGAUCAAAACCACUUUGCUUAUCGGAAGUGCAACAACACUUGUUGUUUAUUGAAAGUCGCUUCGAAGAACACGUAUCAAUGUAGUUUCGGGUUGAGGAGGACUUAAAAAAGGACUGGACUCCCUCGUACCCAAACUUUGGAAGCAACGUGGUGCAGAAAACGUCCACAAACAACAGUUUCAGAUGUACACGAUAAAGUGAGCAAAACAGCAACUAUCCGCACUUUUUGCCCCCGCCCCUCCUGAACAUCCAAAAAUGAUAACAAAUUGCCCUCCAACAUUCCACUCCAACUCAUCGAUUCCUGCGCACACCAACCACCCUCACACGCGAAUAAUAGGGCAACCAUUGAUCAUAAAGUGUCGAACGAAAAGAUAUAUAGCCACGACAAACAAACGACAAAAAAACGAAAAUAAUAGUAAACUUUACACUGAUAGUUGCGACAUCGUGAUAACACCGUGUGCAUAGCGUGAAUCACAAAAAAAGGAACCCAAAAACACACAACAGCAGUGCUUAUGAUAUCUCGCUGUGAGGCUGACGCCCUUACUUUCAUUUCAGUUGGCCAGCCGGUAGGCGUGGUCCAUGACAGUCAAAGAAGAACGCACGCACUCAACACACACGUAACCCCGAUUUUCAGCCCCCGAUUCGACUGGCACCCGCCCGCCCCGAAAGCUUCCCCGAAAGCAGUCACGUAGGUAUCUCGCUUCGCACCCCUGACAGCUUUAUUACUGGUAAACCAGCCAAAAAAGAGGAAAAAUCAGUGUGCGUGCGGAGAGUACAAAGGAUUAGCACAAUGAACUAACUCACCACGCGAGGUAGCGGCACAGCAGCAUCGCCAUUUUCCACAAAAGUUGCAAAGAAACCUCCGUCCCU